AUGGAUGAGAUUGCCCCCGAAUACGAUGUUGUUGUGCUAGGCACCGGCCUGACUGAAUGUGUUCUUUCUGGUGUUCUGAGUGUCAAGGGCAAGAAGGUGCUUCACAUUGAUCGUAACGAUCACUAUGGAGGCGAAGCUGCCUCAGUCAACAUCGAGACGCUAUUCAAAACAUACGGAAACGUUCGUCCCGGCGAGGAGCCAUGGAAGAAAUACGGCCGCGUGAACGACUGGAACGUGGACUUGAUCCCCAAGUUGCUCAUGUCCAACGGUGAAUUGACGAAUAUUUUGGUUUCCACCGACGUUACAAGAUACCUCGAGUUUAGACAAAUCGCAGGAAGCUACGUGCAACAAGGAGAAGGCCCCAAAGCCACCGUUGCCAAGGUUCCCUCGGACGCUGGCGAAGCUUUGCGUUCGUCUCUCAUGGGUCUCUUUGAGAAGAGACGCGCAAAGAAAUUCUUGGAGUGGGUUGGCGAGUUCAAGGAAGACGACCCAAGCACUCACCAAGGCCUCAAUUUGUCCACUUGCGCCAUGAAGGAUGUCUAUGAUAAGUUCGGCCUGGAGGCCACGACCCGUGACUUUGUCGGCCAUUCAAUGGCUCUUUACCCAUCGGACGAAUAUAUCAACGCCAAAGGAAGAGUUAUCGAAAGUAUCAACCGUAUCCGCUUGUACGUUAACUCGAUGGCUCGCUACGGAAAGUCGCCAUAUAUUUAUCCUCUUUAUGGUCUUGGAGAAUUGCCCCAAGGCUUUGCACGUCUAUCUGCUAUCUAUGGCGGUACUUAUAUGCUCAACACCAGCGUUGACGAAGUUCUGUACGACGAGAACGGAAAAGUGUCCGGUAUUAAAGCAACCAUGAAGGAACGUGACGAAGCCGGCGAGGGCAUGAAGUUCACAACAAAGACCACCAAGAUCAUUGCUGAUCCUUCUUACUUCCCCAACAAAGUCAAGAUUACUGGAUAUGUCAUUCGGGCUAUCUGUAUUCUCAAGCACCCCAUCGACAAGACGGACGGCAGUGAUUCGCUUCAGCUCAUUAUUCCUCAAUCCCAAGUUGGACGCAAGCACGAUAUCUACAUUGCCAUGGUCUCCUCCGCACACAACGUCUGCCCCAAGGGUUACUAUGUGGCUAUUGUUUCGACCAUUGCUGAGAGCGAAGCCAACCACCAUCUGGAACUUGAGCCCGGUUUCCAGAGACUCGGCCAGAUUGAGGAGAGAUUCAUGGGACCCCCUAUCCCUCUCUACGAGCCUCUUGAUGAUGGCAAGAAAGACAAUGUUUUCAUCUCCAAGAGCUACGAUGCUACUUCACACUUUGAAACAACAACUGAUGACGUCCGUGAUAUCUACGAGCGCGCGGAGGGUCAUGAGCUCGUUGUUGAAGGUCUUCGCGAGGGCCAAACCCUUGUCGCUGAAGAAUAG